AUGUGCCUGCUGAUCACGAUUUUGGGAAUCGUGUUCGGCACUCGGGUUACCAGGAGGAGGAAGAAGAGGGCGAGCAGCAGAAACUCGCCCCCGGGACCACGGAGGCUCCCGAUAAUCGGGAACCUCCACCAGCUGGUGCUGCUGGGAGGCCAGCUCCCGCUGCACCAGCGGCUGCGGGAGCUGGCCCGGGCGCACGGGCCGGUGAUGCGCCUCCAGCUCGGGCAGCUCCGCCACGUCGUCGUCACGUCGGCGGAGGCCGCGGAGCAGGUGAUGAGAACCCACGACCUCGCCUUCGCUUCGCGGCCCAGCUCCCUCGUCCUCGAGAUCCUCACCUACGGCCGCAGGGACCUGGCCUUCGCCCCCUACGGGGACCACUGGAGGAGGAUGAGGAAGCUGUGCGUGGUGGAGCUGCUCAGCGCCAGGCGCGUCCUCUCUUUCCGCCCCCACAGGAUGGAAGAAGCCUCCAAACUCGUGGCCGCGAUUUCUCGGUCCUCGAGCCACGAGGGAGUACGCCUCAAGCCGAUCCUCGGCACGUUCGCCAACGCCGUCGUUUGCCGUGCUGCUUUCGGCAAGCCCCUCAAGCUCGUGGCACUGCUCGACGACGCUAUGGUGACGGCUGGAGGUUUCAGGCUGUCGGAUGUGUUCCCGGGGCUCGAAUUCCUUGCCGUUGUUUCCGGGUAUCGGUCGAAGAUUGAAGCGCAUCAUCGCUUGCUGGAUUCGUUGCUGGAUGAAGUCAUCAACGACCACAUGGCCAAAAGAAGAACCAACAGUACUGCUAAGGCUACCGACGGUGACCAAACAACAGAGGAUCUUGUUGACGUUCUUCUCAACCUUCAACAAAAUGCUGAUCCUGCCUCGCCCAUAACCAUGGAAGCUGUCAAGGCUGUCCUCCAGGACAUGUUUCUUGCCGGGACCGACACGACAACCAGGACAAUAGAAUGGGCAAUGGCGGAGAUGAUGAAAAAUCCUAGCGCGAUGCAAAAGGCACAAACAGAAGCGAGGAGUGUUUUUUCGGACAAUGUCACGGAAGAGGGACUCCAUGAAUUGGAGUACUUAGACGCGGUUAUUAAAGAGACUUUGCGACUGCACCCUCCGGGGCCUUUCCUGAUCCCAAGAGAAAGUCGAGAGGAAGCAAACGUCGGCGGAUUCGACAUUCCCGUAAGAAGUCAAGUCCUAGUCAACGUGUGGGCCAUAGGAAGAGAUCCUCGCUACUGGAAUGAAGCCGAUAAAUUCAGCCCCGAAAGAUUUCUCAACUCCACAACGGACUACAGAGGGGCACACUUCCAGUUCCUGCCCUUUGGAGCGGGGAGGAGGAUGUGCCCUGGCAUUCAAUUCGGAAUGGUCGUUGUUCAACUUGCCCUAGCAAACUUACUUUUUCAUUUUGAUUGGAAACUCCCGAACGAAAUGAAACCCGAAGAUCUAGACUUGACAGAAGAAUUCUCGGACAACGCGCUCAAGAUGAGAGAAACACUGCUCCUUAUCCCCGUGGCACGUAGAAUUGGGAGUCCAUAA